CGUAGAUAGCAACGCAAAGAUUACAAGAUGGGGCUCGAAAGUACUAUGGUCUGGUAAGGGAAAGAAAAAAUAUAAAUUGUCAUCAUAUGUAUUAUUCUUUAAACGAAGUAAGAGGUAGAGUUUGUUUAGUUUAUUGUGAACGUGCAUCUGAGUAAUUUUUUUAAUCCUGAAAUUUCCGCUAACAUGAGUUUUAUGUAAACACUGGCAAUCCUAGUUAGCCAUUUCCCUGAGUCAUUUUUGGCUUGCUAAUGCUAGCUUCGCUAUGACAUGCAACGGUUCUGAUUGCAAUUUAGAGCAGUUUAGCUAGUAAGAUGUUCCCUGAAAAGUUGUUUCAAGUCAGUUCGUGAGGGAUUUUGCAAAUGUAACAAGCAUUUAAUCCUGAAACUGCUAACGUUAACUAGCUUCCUUGUUAUUUUGUGAACAAGGGGAACAAGGCAGUGGUUUAGACAUUGUUGUUUUACUAAGGUUCAGUAAACGAUGACCUCAGUCUUUGUUUCUGCAAGUUGCUCUGGAUAAAAACUACCUAUGUCAACAUCGACAACAUUCGCUAGCUAGGCACUCCAAUAUGUCCCCUACUAGCAGUCUGUCUAGGGAUUAGCAGCAUGGGGGAAGGGGGGUGAAUCCUCGUCCUGGUUGGGGAAAAAGAAGGGUUGCCAGUUAAGUGAAGUGCACACUUAAAGAUGCACUUUGCAGAACUCGCUCCGCCAUUUCCUGGUUGCUAAAAUGCGAAUAGUUAUGCACAUUUCCAUUUGUGACAAAAAAAAAGCAAGGAUAGUGUAGAGAAUCAUUGUACCAUCUAAACGCUGUGAAAUAUAUUUUCCAUAACCAAACAUAUUGUAUUUUCAGUUGUUUGAAGCUGGUGUACAAAACCGAAAGUAAAAUACUUGCUUUCAAUGAGAAUUACAUAUAACUCACAUUUCUAUGUGAAUUUGGUCGGGUCGCCCAAAAAGAUAUUUAUGGCGGCAUUAACUAACUUAUGCAACACUGUUCUUAAUAUAGAUCUAAAUAUAGGUCUAAUACUGGGUUUUUGCCCUAGCACUACACAGCUGAUUCAAAUAACCCACUCAUCAAGCUUUGAUUGUUUGAAUCAGCUGUGUAGUGCUAGGGGGAAAAAAACCAAAAUGGGGCCCCAAGACCGAGUUUGGGAAACCCUGCUCUGGUAGGCCUACAUCAGGGAUGGGCAACUCCAGUCCUCAGGAGCCUGGAUGGUGUCACACUUUUGCCCCAGCAACACACCUGACUCCAAUAAUCAACCUAUCAUGAUCUUCAGUUUAGAAUGCAAUUUGUUUAAAUCAGCUGUGUUUGCUAGGGAUGGGGGAAAAGUGACAUCAAAAAUGUUAUUGGUCACAUAUUUAGCAGAUGUUAUUGCGGGUUGUAGCGAAAUGCUUGUGUUCCUAGCUCCAACAGUCCAGAAGGACUCUUAUCCUACUGGACUGGAGUUUCCCCUCCCUGGCUUACACGCUCCACUGGGUAACUUAUGUAUGUACUGUGUUGUCCAUGUGCCUCAGUGUGGACAACAGUGAAUACAUGAGGAAUGGAGACUUCCUCCCCACCAGACUGCAGGCCCAGCAAGAUGCUGUCAACAUUGUGUGUCACUCCAAGACGCGCAGCAACCCUGAGAACAAUGUGGGCCUCAUCACCAUGGCCAAGUAUGGAGCUACGUGUGUGUGUGUGUCAUCUUUGUGGUCCCAACAAAGUUGUUCAACAUUUAGAUAUUACAGGAUUCCUGGAUACUUGUGAUUAUUUUUAGUGAUUUAGUGUAAGAAAUGUGUAGUAACUGUUGUUCUCUGUGCAGUAACUGUGAGGUGUUGACCACGUUGACUGCAGACGCAGGGAGGAUCUUGUCUAAACUGCACGCUGUCCAGCCCCGUGGAAACAUCAGCUUCUGCACAGGCAUCAGAGUGGCACAUGUAUGUAUACUACACAGUAAUACAAUACACUUUAUUGCACUUAUCGUAUGUCACUAAACUGAACCCUGUCUCCUCUCACAGUUGGCGCUGAAGCACAGACAGGGGAAGAACCACAAGAUGCGCAUUAUUGCCUUCGUGGGCAGCCCAGUGGAGGACAACGAGAAGGAUGUAAGUGUUCUGUCAAUGCAGUUUGGGUGUGGUGUGUUGAUAACUGAAUGCAUGGGCACAUCUGUGUCUUUAAAAACAUGAAAGUGAUGUCUUCUCUGACAGCAUUUCCUGUCACAUUCUCUCUAGCUGGUGAAAAUGGCGAAGCGUCUAAAGAAAGAGAAAGUCAGUGUGGACAUCAUUAACUUUGGAGAGGAGGUACCAAAUAUUAAACCUAAUAUUGCUCUGGUCUCAUUAUUUCUUUAUAGCCAUCACUGUCUCCCUUACAUAAAAAAACCAUUUGGUCUCCAGGAGGUGAACACAGAGAAGCUGACAGCCUUCAUCAACACUCUGAAUGGGAAGGAAGGAGCAGGGUCCCACCUUGUGACAGUGCCUCCAGGUCCCAGUCUGGCUGAUGCCCUGCUGUCCUCUCCUAUCCUUGCUGGGGAGGGAGGAGCCAUGCUGGGCCUGGGUUCCAGUGACUUUGAGUUUGGAGUGGACCCCAGCGCGGACCCAGAGCUGGCACUGGUGAGAGGGGGAGGACUAGAUGGGUUGAUCAUUCUCUCUCUCUUGUUUUUACGCUUUCUCGUGUUCUCUCUCUCUCAUUGCCUUUUUUUGGGAUGAUUUUUAUCGUAUGCUACAAUCUUCCUCCUUUGAACUUUUUCUGCGCUCCGUGCCUUCUCCAGGCUCUGAGGGUGUCUAUGGAGGAGCAGAGACAGAGGCAGGAGGAUGAGACUCGCAGGGCAGCAGUGGUGUCUGCUGCUGAGGCCGGGGUUCCCUCGCCUACCGCUGACGGUGAGACAGAUACACAACCCUCCAUCUACACCCUGUACACAUAACUAGAACCCUCCACCUACAAACAAAUCACUCCACUACAACUGGCAACCAACCAAUGCCCAUACACCAUUAUCUCUCUUGUAUCCCGAGUGGCGCAGUGGUCUAAGGCACUGUAUUGCAGUGCUAGCUCUGCCACUAGAGAUCCUGGUUCGAAUCCAGGCUCUGUCGUAGCUGGCCGUGACCGGGAGACCCAUGGGGCGGCGCACAAUUGGCCCAGCGUCGUCCAGGAUAGGGGAGGGAAUGGCCGGCAGGGAUGUAGCUCAGUUGGUUGAGCAUGGCGUUUGCAACGCCAGGGUUGUGGGUUCAAUUCCCACGGGGGGCCAGUAAAAAAUAUAUAGAACUGUUAACCCCCCCUCCCCCCUCCAGAGUCAGACGAUGCUCUGCUGAAGAUGUCAGUCCCCCAGGCUGACACGGCCACGCCCGCUAUGCCUGACUUCAGCCGCAUGACGGAGGACGAGCAGAUCGCCUACGCCCUGCAGAUGUCCAUGCAGGGUGGAGGUCAGUGACAUACAUAGCCAGUUUUAGCCAGUUAUAACGUGGCAUAAUCGGUCCGUAACAUCUCUGUCCUGUCCUACACAGCAGAGUCGAUGGACAUGGACACAGGAGCCCCCGUGGACUCGGAGGGUGGUAAGGUACGGCCAACUCUCACACACCACUGAGAUGAAACUGCGGAUGUUACACAUGCUCAAAGGCUCUUGUGUUUCUAGCAUAUGUUAAUCUCUCUGCCCUGCCUCCCUCCUCUCUCUCUGCAGGAUGAGGAGGACUAUGAUGUGAUGCAGGACCCAGAGUUCCUCCAGAGCGUCCUGGAGAACCUACCGGGUGUCGACCCCAACAACGAGGCCAUCCGUAACGCCAUGGGCUCCCUGGCCUCACAGACAGGAUCCAAACCUGACAGCAAGAAAGACAAAGAGGAUGAGAAGAAGAAAUGAACAUUUACACACUAAACAUAAUAGAUAAUAAUGACUGAUUUUUUUCUUUUGUUGUGUCAAGGUUAAUGAUGAAUGUUGCCUUUAAAAAACAACAUUUGUACUAAAUUGGGAUCUUAUAUCAACCCAAGGACAUUCAGUAAGUGUACAUUGUGUACUGAUAAUAAUAAAUACAUUUACAUAAUUCAAGAGAACA